GGCGGCUGCGCCUGCGCGGGAGGCGCGGCUUGCGCUCUGAGGAGAAGGCGGAGGAGGAGGAUGCCCUGAAGUUAUUUAUAAUGUCGGGCCGGCCGCGGGUGACGUAGCGAGCCAUCCGGGCAGCGGGAGCAGCGGCGGUAGCCUCGUCCCCUAGUUCGCCGCGCCUGCGCCGCCAUGAAGGGAGCCGAGCCGGCGCUGCGGUGGCAGCCGGGCUCGGGCGGCGCGUGGUGAGGGCGGCCGAGGCGGCCGGAGCGCGGUGAGAUCUCCGAAGUCUUGGCACACAGGUUGCAGGAAUAAAAUUGGUGGCUCCAGGUGGAAAUGCCGGGCUCGGUGCCCAUCUCCUUUCAGGCGUUGGGUUGAAACUGAAUACGUAACUUUCUCGCAAGACUCGGGGUCCCCUUGCCCCUGUUCCGGGGGAGGGGCAAGGGGAAACUCUUAGAAGGGGGAGGAGGCAUCCUCCCCAUCCAGAAGGCCAAACUAUAGGCCUUUGGCUUUCUUUCCUCCCGGGGCUCAUUCUGCAACGCAGGACCAUGCCGUGAAUAUUAUAGCAGGCCAUCCCGCUCACCAGCCCUUCCAACCGCACCUCAGGGAAUUUAACCGAGAGGGCAGCGGUGACCAGGGGACUGGCCAUGGCUGGGAGUGGAUAUACGGACCUACGAGAGAAGCUUAAAUCGAUGAUGCCUUACCGGGACGGCUACAAGAGCAGCAGUGGCAAGAGCAGGCGGGAUCCUGCCGAGUCCCCCUACGGAGCUGCGGGGGGAGCCCCUGAACGCAAGCGCAAGCACCACCACGAUUCUGACUCUGAGCCCACCGACUCCGAAGACCCCCCACGGGAGGAGGAAGAGGAAGAGGAGGCCCAGAAGGUCAAAAGCGGCAUCCGCAGCUUCGCUUGUUCAGCCCGAGGAAUCGUCAAGAUCGAAGCACGCAUCGAUGAGGUGGUCUCCCGAGCUGAGAAAGGCCUCUAUAAAGAGCACACGGUGGACAGGGCCCCACUCCGGAACAAGUACUUCUUUGGGGAGGGCUACACCUAUGGGUCUCAGCUGCAAAGGCGAGGCCCCGGCCAGGAGCGACUGUACCAGGGGCAAGUGGAUACCAUUCCUGAGUGGGUUCACGACCUGGUCAUCCACAAGCUGGUGGAACACCGGGUCAUCCCUGAGGGCUUUGUGAACAGUGCAGUGAUCAACGACUACCAGCCAGGGGGCUGCAUCGUCUCCCACGUGGACCCCAUCCACAUCUUUGAGAGGCCGAUUGUGUCAGUGUCUUUCUUCAGUGACUCAGCACUCUGCUUCGGAUGCAAGUUCCAGUUCAAGCCCAUCAGGGUCUCCGAGCCGGUCUUCUUCCUGCCCGUGCGAAGGGGAGUGUCACUGUACUCAGUUGAUUCUGAAAGAGGGGAUGUUUGA